AUGUUCUCUCUGCCAGACCUCAGCAUCGAUGCCAACGUCGUCUAUGGCCCCAAGUUCGGCAAUAUCGGCUAUUCGGUGACCAAGUCGGCUCCGGCGGUGUCGCUUACCACGAUGUCGAGCGCCAAAGCUCCAGCGCCAGCUUUUAAUCCAUCAGCAAGCUCCAGCGCGAUUGCGGCUAUACCAUUGCACCUUCCAGCUCCGCGCCUAUCUGAGAUCGAAGGCACCGCGCUGCAUGGGUUGCUGAUGGACGCUGUAGAAGAAACUUCGGAUCGGAUCGUGGCUGUUUUCGGCUCCCGCAUCACAGAGGCUGUACGAUGUCUUGUACAGUUGAUGAUCAACCCACCACAACCAGGAGACCCAGUUCGUAACCGUGCUAUUGCGGCCGCUGCUUUGGUCGACGAUCUAGCGGCCGCUGUAAGCAAUCCUGCGUCGUAUCCGCGAGAUCUCGCUGCCGAAAUUGGUGACCUGAAAGCGACGCUCACCGAUGCAAGGCUCGCCAAGUUGAUAGCGACACACUCGGUCGGCGAAAAGCAGCAGAAGCUAACUGAUCUGGAAACUCGGUUCAUGCAAUCUCGCGCCAACUGUUCGUCUCUCGAGCAAGCGCUAGCCGCAGAAACCAAGCAGCGCAUCACUGCAGAAGAGCAAAUUACCGCACUUGCCUCCGAGGUGAGGGUUCACGACGAAGUCGUCCUCAACAUCCAGAAGGCCCUUAAGGCUGCCAACGAAGCUCGAGCGUCGCAGUCCCGCAAAAUCAACCGUGACUGGCAGUUGUAUCAGAAGAACCCGCGGAUCUACGCUGACAGGCUCGAGCGCUUUCACAGGUACCUCACUGAACGCGGGCAGAGCGUGGAGAAUUUCGACCAGAAAAUCAAGAGGAAAAUCUUGAAGGACGAGUUGAGAAAGGUUCUCCUCGUCAACAAAUAUCUUCGCAAGUUCGUCAACGACCGCGACCUCGACCCAGAUGCUUUAUUGCUGUUUGCUGAAGCCGCUCAGAGUUCGUCGCCUAAGGCCAAGACUACAUCUCAACCUGCGCUUAAUCGUUCGAGAAGCUCGUCAUCCGUGGCUUCUACUGUGGAUAUAUCGCCAUCUUCGCCUGAGAUAUCGUCUGCGGCAUCUCCAGGUCCCAAUUCAGCUCCAGAUUCGUCACAGAACACAGACAACCUGGAUUCUACGCUGCGGUGGUCUCCUAUGGCGCCGAGAUCUCGCUCCACACGCACGGCGGCGGCGAUAUCACGAUGGGUGACUUCUCAAGUCAUUGCUCAGGAAUCUGACAAGAGCUCCGUCUUCAUCGGGGCUCCUGGCCAGACACCCCCAGCGAGCCCUCGCGGAGCCUCCGAUGAUGAACACGAAGAGUCGAAGGAAAACGAGUUGCCAUCUGGUUUGCAACUGCAAGCUCUUGAAGACACGUCAAGUACCGGCGUCUCGUCACGCACCAGGUCCGCUUAUCGUCCGAUACCCAUGUCGGCUCUGGGUCCUUCGCAUUCAGCACCGCCUCCGGCUCCUGUACAAACCAGCGUCGAACCCGUUGGGGGUGAGGACUGCACGGCGUGGAGUGAAGCCACACGUCGUACUCAUGGAAGCACUGGCCGCCGCUCACGCUCAGCACCAGUGGUGGUGAAGCUCCCCGCUCCAAUUGAAGGCUGGCAGCCUCUCAUGCAGCCGUCUAAGAAGAUUCCGGCCAAGGUGCAGCGCUACCUCAAGCCCAACUUCCAGAGGAAGGGCGCACUGAGAUGCUGGAAUCUUGUGCAUUCCUUCCGCACGCCGCUGCCAGUUGUAAAAGGACUAGUGGCUGCAUGUUCGGUCGAAGGAAUCCGGGCUUUCGCUGACUGGACGAAGACUGAACACCCAUGGCGCAUCGUCGACAAGAUGUUUCCGGACGUUGCCAACUCGUUUGACGAAAGCGACGUCGGGUGGGAGCGAGGCCACUGGGUUGUUCAAUCGGAGAUUGAGGCCACUGUCAGACGUCUUGCAAAAACCCACGGUGACAGUUCGAGCACCGUCAGAGAUGUGACUCGAGCUAUGGAUGCCUACUUGUCUGAUCGCAACCGUCGUGCCGACAAAUUUCAGGUCGCUGCGCUGGAUGAACGCGAGCCAUGGCGCAACUGUUGGAUCGACGUUCCCAACGAGCACCCAUUCGACGUGCAACGUCAGCACUGA